AUGGCUAAGGGCGCUUCACCAGUCAUCGUGAUUGUAUUGGUUACGGUUGUAUCUGUUUACAUCUCCAUACAUUUCCAGCUGCAAGGACACAAGAAAUUGAGCAACGUUCAUGGAAACGGUAUUAUGUUUAAUGCAACCGUCUCGAAGACAAGACAUGGAGCAUAUAGAAGGAUAAUGGAUGCCAUUGCAUCAUUACCCAUUCAGAGUCAAUCCAGGUACUUCAUUCAUGUGGAGGCCGAUAUAUAUGUGGAGAUUGUGGAAGUGUGGGCAAAUAAGACGAACACAGCUUUGAUUGGAGAUGCUGUUAAAGGUGAUCGUUUCAUGGCUAAGUACAUAACUUUCGAAAACUCAGCAGGAGAAGGCACUCAAGCUGUUGCCCUAAUGUCCCUGUCUGACGGAUCAUCAUUUUACAGAUGUACAUUUUUAGGGUUCCAUGACACGCUCUGUGCACACUUUGGCAGGCAAUUCUAUAAGGAGUGUGACAUCUAUGGCACUGUUGAUUUUGUGUUUGGCAAUGCUGCGGCAGUUUUUCAAACCUGCAACUUAUAUGCACGGUUGCCUAACCGUGUUAUUACUUUCACUGCACAGGGAAAAAAGUCACGCUAUGAGAGGAGUGGAUUUGUCAUUCAAAAUUCCACUUUGACAGCAGCCCCAGAUUUGCAGUCCAACAAAUCUCAGGUUCACGCUUUUCUUGGGAGACCAUGGUUUGCAUGGUCGACCGUGAUUGUGAUGCAAUCAUUCUUGGAUAGCAUCAUAGAUCCAGCUGGGUGGUAUGAGUGGCCAGGCCAUCGCACAGAUGAGCUAACCUACAGGGAAUAUGGUAAUUGGGGUCCUGGUGCAGGCACAGGGAGACGAAUUUCAUGGGCGGGAUAUAAAGCAUUAAAUCAGUCCAAGGAAGUUAUUCCUUUCACGGUUUCUAAGUUUAUUCAGGGGGAUUCUUGGAUUCCAGAGUCUGGAAUCCCUUACACCAGCGCCAUAUUUUCUUCUUCUUCUUUGACUAGUAUGGUUACAAAAGCAGAACUCUUUUCAAACUUUGAGACUUCUCGAAAGAUUUUGAGAGAUGACGAUGGAGGAUAUGCAGAAGAAGCUGUGAGCGUGGAGUGGGCUGAGAAGUGCCUAAGCAUUCAUUUCAAGUGUCCCUGUGGCAAAGGCUAUCAGAUUCUUCUUCUGGAAACAACUGUUACUACAAGCCGGGGCUUUCCGGCUAUAGAGCUAUCUGUGGUUGUUAUAGACUCAUGGCAUGGGAGGGCUUAG